AUGUUGAGCCACGCAAAACCUCUGAACCACAAUCACACACCUCUCGUGAACCAAGUCCUAACAGCCAUGCUCAAAAACCAACCUUUCGACCCAAACCCCUCACCUUCAACUCAACCAUGGACCACCGACUCAGUCUCCCAAGUCCUAACCUCCAUCCCCACAUUCUUCUUCCACUCUCCUCGCUCCAUCGGCCGCCAACCCGGCUUCCGCCACCGCGCUCCCUUAAAACAACGCAAUCUCCGCCAAGAAACAUACAAGUUCCACAACGACAUCCUCCUCCUCGGCCCAGCUGCCCACAGAGACCUCAACAAGGUCAAUCUUGGAGUCGAAAAAGCCCUCGAUUUUUACUACUGGGUCGAAAACCAGUUUGGGUUUCACCACAAUGAGCGCACCUGCAGAGAAAUGGCCAUUGUUUUGGCUAAGGCCAAUCGGCUGAAGGCGCUCUGGGAUUUUCUUAAAGACAUGGCGAGGAGAGGGCCUCUUGUUACCACACAGUCCAUUACCUGUUUGAUGAAAUGCCUAGGAGAAGAGGGAUUGGUUAAUGAGGCGUUGGCGGCUUUCUAUCGAAUGAAGCAGUUUCAUUGCAAGCCGGAUGUGUAUGCUUACAAUACUAUUAUAUAUGCCCUUUGUAGAGUUGGGAAUUUCAAGAAGGCGCGAUUUUUGCUGGAGCAGAUGGAGCUGCCGGGGUUUAGGUGCCCGCCGGAUGUAUUCACUUAUACGAUUUUGAUAAGUUCUUAUUGUAGAUAUGGGUUGGAGACUGGGUGUAGGAAGGCUACUAGGAGGCGGUUGUGGGAAGCAAACCACAUGUUUCGGAAUAUGGUCUUUAGAGGGUUUGUUCCUGAUGUUGUCACUUACAAUGCCUUGAUCAAUGGCUGUUGCAAGAAUUAUAGGAUAGAGAGGGCGUUGGAAUUGUUUGAGGAUAUGAUGAAGAGGGAUUGUACCCCCAACCGGGUUACUUAUGAUUCAUUUAUUAGGUACUAUGCUGCUGUUAAUGAGAUUGAUAAGGCUGUGGAUAUGUUAAGAAGGAUGCAGGAUAUGAAUCAUGGACUAGCUACUUCGAGUUCGUAUACUCCAAUAAUUCAUGCCUUGUGUGAGGCGGGAAGGGCUACAGAGGCCCGGGAUUUUCUUGUUGAGUUGGUUGAUGGAGGGUCAAUACCUAGAGAAUAUACUUAUAACUUGGUUUGCAAUGCACUGAGUUCAGCUGGAGAGGUCAAUGUGCUUGAUGAUGGCCUGCGGGAAAGAAUAGAAGACGGUAUGCAGAGGAGAUAUAAGCACAUGAUGAAAGUGAAGCCAAUAAUGACUCGCAAAGGGUAUGAUAACAUGGUGAAAUCUUGAUCAUUUUUAAAAAUGGCAAGAGUCCCUGAUGACAGUCUCUUCGAAGUUCUCAAGUUUGUUACUGAGCAGCCAUGGCUACCUCACCACAUACUCAAGUGCGCGGCUGCACUCCUUUGUUUACAAAUGGAGGUAUACUACCCUAACAUUACUUGAUGGUCCUUGUCCUCCUGUUAUAGAUUUGUGGAGCAACUGUUUGAUUUGUAUGACGUGUUUAGUAUAUAUAAAGCAAUUCUCAUCCAGCAUCAAGCAGUUACGUUGGAUUUGCUAUAUAUAUGUCAACUUAUUUCUGAUCAUUGUAAGCUGUUGUUAAGAUAGGCAACAAUCGCAACAUGAUUCUAGCAGUGUAAUUUCAUUCAAUACUUAUAGUACACAGUUGACCUUCGAGG